AUUCAAUAUGGCCGUGUAACCCCUCAAUGGUGUUUAUUCAUUUGAACAUGCGGUCAUCAUUAAACCGGGAUCACCCGACACUUGAGUGUGGCCACCUGACACACGAUACAAGAUGGAUGAGUACUGUCCAUUGUGUCGUAAAGUGGGUAGCUACAAAAAAAUAAGGGCUGUACAGUUGAAUUAUGUUGAGGCAGUUUGGCUGUGCGAAGAAGAAAAGUGCCCCUGGCCCUUCGGCUACGAGGAAUUCAGGUUCACUCCGAGGAGGAUCGAGGAACUAUCGACAAAAUACAUUCCAAGGACUGGAUCUUGUAAAAAUAAGGAAUCCACAUCGAUCUCCACUGAAUUGGGGGUCUACACACCUCCCGUGACUCCCAGCAACGAGAGCUCUUCCAAGGAUAGUGGAAAAAUCGAUAAUUUGAAUUCAUCAAGUCCAAUCACGUAUCCUUUCACCGGUAAAGUAAGCCCGAUCUAUAGGUCUGGAACAGUCCUCCCAAUUCAUUCGAUCAAAAACGAGAAUUGUCAGACGCUCAACGAGAACACCUCAGUCUCGAGUAUAUUUGAUAUUGAUAGUUCAGUUCCAGUGGGAAAAAUUGCAACUGUAACGAUCCAACAGGGGAGAGGAUCGCCCUCGUGCAAUGGUAAACCUAUAAAAAAAGAUCCUAAGCCUCGAAUUCUCAAGAGAAAAAUGAAACCUGUCCCUAUGAUUAGAUGUAUCGAGACUAUUCCCAACAAUUUAGUCAAGAUCGAAGUGAAAGAGGAGUUAUUACAUAAUUUAGAAAUGCCUGCAAUGGAAAUUAGUCCGUCAAAAGUUAAUUGUGAGAUUCCUAGAAGUGUAACGGCUACUCAAGGGACCAUGAUACUUCAAACUAGCAAUUUGGAAAAUUUUAAUUUAAUAUCUGACGUACCAAAGACGACUUCCAAAGUCUCAAACGAAAUUGAUGAAAAAAUUACUGUAAAAAAAAAUUACGAUUUUUCGGAUCAAAUAGCAGAGAACAAUACUCUGCAAUCGGAUAAUUACCUAGAACUAAUGAACUUAGAGGGAGGAAAUAGUGCCAUGGAUAAUUCUGGUCAAGGGAGCCUCAAUGGGAUUUUUGAGGAAUUAUUGAUGGAGAAUUGCCAAAAUGUGACUCAGGAAAUUGAUGACGACUGGCUCAAGUCAAUGCUGAUGUAAUUUAAAAGUUGAUCAAUUUUUUAUUGGAAAUUGGAAUACAGUAACUCAGGAAUCGCGAAGGAAUUAUCUUAAGUUUUUUUUCAUUCCUUCGUGAAUUUCUGCCCUACUAAAAUUGAGUUAGGUAAAUUGUACAAAAUGAGAGUGGGGCUCUCUGAGUGUUUCAGGGAAUAGAAAUCUAAGAAUUUUGUACACUGUAUUUUUCCAAUGAGACUAAUUCAGUGAGUGUGAGGAGAUUGAGUGCAUCAUUCAGCUUUCCACAAUUUUUAAUUACGAGCUUCAUUACUAUUUACAUCAAAUAUUUACAUGAGUAUUUUUAACCCACUCCACAGGCUUGAGAUCAGUAUUCAAUUCUAGUAAAUAGAUUAUCAGUUUACGAGAAAUUCUACUUUUCCGUAGUUGAAACGUGUGAGACGUGUGUAAAUAAAUAUUGUUAUGAAUUAUUUCGCCUUCACGAUCAGUCCUGCGGGGUUUUAUAUUUUUUCAAUAACAGAAAUUGAAAGAACUGAUAGAAAAAAUAAUCAAUUCUUAAUGUUAUCAACUAGUGAU